AUGGCAGUCCAGAACAGACUCUACACUACUGAUAUACUGCAACAGUGGAACAUUCAGUGUAACAGGAUUUGUUACCUUUGUGAGAAAGAGUUAGAGUCAGCAAACCAUCUGUUUUUCCAAUGUGAGUAUGCUGACCAGGUGUGGAGGCCUUUGCUCCAACUUCUGGGGAUCAGCAGACGUGGACAAGGGUUCCGAGAGGAGAAAAUUAUAGCUGCAGCUAAAGCUCACAGCAGGAGUCGCAAAGCUCAAAUAUAUGUUAGCUUAAUUACAGAGGCAAUAUACAUGAUUUGGUUACAGAGAAACCAGAAAGUUUUUAGUGGUAAUUGCUUAACAGCAAGUCAAACCAUGAGAGAAAUUGUCUUUAAAGUUGCUGGGAGAUGUGAUAGUAGAGAUAGAAGUUGGAAUGAUGAAAAUGGUUAUAAACUUGCAAGGCAGCUUUAUGCUGAUUAUUCUCUGCAAAAAGAGGUUUAUCAUUCCUCGACAAGGAGCGCAAGUGGGACUUCAUUAGGAAACCACACAGUUUUCGUUUAUGGGAGUCUUUUGGCUGAUCAAGUUGUUCAAGUUGUUCAAGUCUUACUCAACCGUGUUCCUGCUUCUUCUCCUGCUAUUCUCCCUAAUUUCAAUAGGUUUAGCAUCAAAGGUCGAGUAUAUCUCGCAAUUUUGCCUGUUGAGAACAAGAAAGUGCUUGGAAGGGUUUUGACCGGGGUAACGAAUCAUGAGUUAGAUAUCCUUGAUAUAUUUGAGGAUGUAGAGUAUGUCAGAAAUUCAGUAGAAGUCACUCUUGAGGACUCCUUGGAGAAGUUGCAGGCCUAUGCAUAUGUUUGGGAUGAUAAAGAUGAUCCAAACUUGUAUGGAGAUUGGGACUUUGAGCAGGAAGUAUGUAAACCUGCCCUCAGGAGGGGAUCGACAGCUGGACUAACUGAGGUAAUAUUUUGGGCUAAACAUCCAACUUCUGAAAGACAAAGAUGGUAUCAGGUCAUUGAGUCUAUUUUUUCUCUUCCAGACUAAUCAUGCUUUAUAAAUUUGCGACCGCUUUUUGGUCACUAAAUUAAACAUCACUAGAGUUCAAAGGUCAUACCAUCUGUUAUACUUCCACAUAUGACAAAUGUACUGUGUAGGUUGUUCUCCUUUGCUGGAUGAUUUUAUUGAGAUGAUCAAGGAAUUUGUGAAAGAACUUGAAGAAUCUGAGACGAAGUCAAGGGUGGAGACGUACAGUACCUUUUACCAAUCUGGCGAUGACAAGUCAUCCAAAACUUGAUCUGUCUUUGGUUCAAACUGCUUUGAAGCGCGAAAUAGAGUCCAGUGGCAACUGUAACAGUACAUACUGCACCAGAUCGCCCGGAAGGCGGUCCAGAAAAUUGCUGUCAAUCUUGAUACUCUCUGUUCCCAUUAUUAUUUUUCCUCCUGAAGUCCUCAUCAUCAAACCAAUUUGAUAAUAAUUGGCAAGAUUUGCUAUUUGAAAACGAGAAAUCUUCGAAGGCAAUGCGGAUGUAAGCCACAAUAAUUAAGGAUAACUCAAACUCGAUCUCAACUUUAAUUAAUAACUCAAACGCUUUAUAUAGGGUGAAGUAGUAGAACUGUUAGAUAAAAGAUAAAAUUCUAGAAACUAGGGAAAAAAUAAUCAAAAUUAAAAGUCAAUGAUAUUUUUUUUCCCUUUAAAUUAAAAAUUAUUUAGGACUCUUGGAAAAUAUGAUAAUUUUUAAAACUGACAACAAAAAAAAUCCAAACCGCCUUUUUCAAUUUCUUUUUCAGUUUUUUUUAUCAUUUCUUUUUAGGUUUUGUAUUUUUAAAAACUAAAAACAAAAAACGAUACUGAACGGACUAGACCAUAAAAAUAUAUGUUAGGUAUACACCAAAAAGAAUACUUUGUAUUUAUGUUAGGACGAUGAGGUGGACUUGGAAAACAUAUCCUAAAAUUCAAAGUGAUUAACAAAAAAAUUCCUAGUGAUGAUAGAUGGAAAGAAUACAUAAAAGAUGUUAAAAUUUGUAAAAACAAUAGUGCGUAAGAGAAUUCCCACCAAUGAGGAUUUUUUUCCUCAUGGUAAAAAUUGAAGUGAAAAAACAACAAAAAUGAAUCACACCAAUGAUCAUUAAAAAAAUUUCUCACGAGCAAAAUUCAUUCUCCUCAAACUUUGAGGAGAAUCGCUGGUGAAUAGUGCUGGAGUGGGCCACACUCAUGGGUGGUGGGCUACUGCUAUAAUUUUUUUUCUUUCCCUCUGUCCAAAACGACGCGUUUUGGGUUCAGGGUUGCUCCCCCUUUCCCCAAAAUGCGUUGUUUUGGGUAGGGGAAAAACAAAAAAAAAUUAUAAUAGCAGGCGCUGACUGGGCGCGACACGUGGCCAGUCAGCAAUUCAACUAAUGAGAUUUUUUCAUUGUUUUCUCAACGAAUCUAUUUUUGUAAAGGCUAUUUGGACCCCGAAACUAUUUUUUUUUUUAAAAAAAACACCAAUGGUCUUCCCCCCCCCCCCCCCUAAAUAUACAUUCAUUUUGAUGUAUUUUGACAUAUUUCACAAAUCUUAAAAAUCUCUUACUUCGUAUUAAUCUCAAAUUUUACUUCAAAAAUCUAAAUUUUCUCAAGUUCUUUUUUUGACCAUCAGUGUAAUGAAAAAGUUACUUAUGAGGAAAAAUUGGGUGGGAAAAGAGAGAAAGUAGGAGAGAGAGUGGUGAGGAUAUUUUUUAGACCAUUGGUGACAAUAGUCUAAUAGGUCUUGCACCAAGAUAGUAUUUUGAAUCAUAAGUGUGCGUAAUAGGUCUUGCACCAAAAUACAUCCACUUUCUUGUCAACAAAAAAAUUAAAAAAUAAAAAAUAAAACCCAUCCACUUUGUAGUAUUGUUGGCCUAUAUCUUCCUCGGUCUGUUUUCAGCCACGGACAAAUUUAUGUGGCCGUAUCAAGAGUUACUAGCAAGAAGGGUUUGAAAAUUUUAAUAGUUGAUAAAGAACGUGGAACAUCAAAUGUUACCACGAACGUUGUGUACAAAGAAGUAUUUCAGAAUGUUGGUUAAAUACUCUUAUUAUUAAUGUUACUCAAUAAUUAAUUUUUGUUGAGAAA